AUGCAUCAGAUGUCGGAGGUGAUGAAAAAUAUCAUGUCCGAUCAGGCAUCGGUCCAGAGGAAGAUACAGAAUAAUUUGGAUGGCCUCAGCAAGGCGAUGGAGAACUUGGGCAGACUCUUUUUCAGGCAAUCUUUUGCCGAACAGAGUUACAGGAGGGCCGAACAAAACCAGACACCAAAUCGUUUCGGAUAUCCGGGAAGAGCCGAUCACUUGGGGGCAAGUACAUCAGCUCCCCAAGGGGAAUCCAGACCACAAGGGGUUGCAUCUGAGGCCAACACACAUGAGUUAAAUGUGGGCGAACGUUCGGCCACAGAAGGAGGCGAGCCGAACAUAUAUGAUCAGGGGCAACUCUUGAACAUGUUGGAAAAGCUCAGAGUAGACUUCAAACUGAUGCCUCACCCUUCGGGGUACAAGGUUCUUGAAUUUAGCCUUUUCUAUAGAGAAGAGCAAGGACAAUCGACGGUCGAGCGUGUCGCCCGUUUCCCGGCCCAAUGUAGCGAAGCAGCAGCGCAUGACUUCAGAAAACUCAGGCUGUUUGCAAGUUCAUUAACGAAAAUGCCUUUCACCUGGUACUCAAGGUUAACGUCAAACUCGGUAGAGACCUGGAAGGAUUUGGAAAUCCUCUUCCACGAGGGGUUUUACAGGGCACCUCCUGAUGUCACCCUCGUCGAUUUUGCUCGUAUAUCGCAGCUACCAAGUGAAUCAGCAGAGAAAUACAUCGGCCGAUUCAGAAAUCUGAGAACAAGAUGUUCAACGAAGAUGUCUGAGGCCGAUUGCGUCCCAAUGGUGGUUAGAGGAAUGAGCUUCGCCAUGAGGGAGCACUUCGAAGGGCACCGAUUCCGUGACCUAUUUAAAUUGACGAAUAGGGUGACGAGCUAUGAAAGGCUUCUCCAGGAGAAAGAGCAGAGGCGAGGAGCCUCCAAAGGGACUUACUACAAGGAUCAGUUAGAUAUAGCAGUGAUUUUCGAACAGCGAGGAUAG